AUGGAUCGCGAUACCCGAAUCAUCACCCCUCGCGAGGUUGAGGGUAUGAUUGCCGAUGGACGCACCGUCGUCAUCCUCGACGAGAUGGUGCUGCGCCUCGACGGCUGGCUCGACAAGCACCCGGGCGGCAAGUUGGCCAUCAUGCACAUGAUUGGAAGGGAUGCGACGGACGAAAUCAAGGUCUAUCAUUCGUCUGCCACGCUCAAGACCAUGAAGGCCUUUCGGAUCGGCCGGAAACCUGCGGGUCCCUGGGUCAACAUGACACCACCAAUUAGGGGCGGCGUCUACGUCAAGCAAGAUACGACGCCUGCAUCCGGUGCAUCGACCCCGGAUGUCACGGACGCUGCCGCUGCCGCCUCCAUCGUGGAUUCCUCGUCCGAUCUCGAUGAGGAUGACUCCGCCGACGAUGCCGCCUCGGAGCUUUCCGCCAGGAGCUCCCGCACCUCCUUGACUUCUGAGUGCAGCAGCGCCGAGGUCGAUGGCAAGACCAAGCCCGCCGCUGCCGCGCCCGAGAUCGAGACGGGUAUCCGUAGGCGUCUCGCGGCACCCGUCGACUCGGCCGACGACGAUGUCCUCCUCUCCGGCCGCAGCCGCAUGACGGCCGAGCAGUACACGGACUGGGCCAUUCAGCAGAACGUCAACAAGGACCUCGACGAGUACCCCUCGCUCGACCCGGCUGUCCAGCUUGACAUCCAGAUGAAGUACCGCCUGCUCCACGAACGCGUCAAGGACGCCGGGCUCUACGACUGCCCCUACCUCGACUACGGCAAGGAGAUGUGCCGCUACUCGACCCUGUUCGCCUGCUUCCUCGUCGCCCUGCGCUGCGAGUGGUUCAUCACGUCGGCCUGCUUCCUCGGCCUCUUCUGGCACCAGCUCAUGUUCACCGCCCACGAUGCCGGCCACGGUGCCAUCACCCACAACUUCACCUUUGACACACUCAUCGGCCUCUUCAUCGCCGACUUCUGCUGCGGCCUGUCCAUGGGAUGGUGGAAGAGCAGCCACAACGUACACCACCUCAUCACCAACAUGCCCGAACAUGACCCCGAUAUCCAAAACGUCCCUCUCUUCGCGACGUGCCCCUCUUUCUUCAAGUCCAUCAAGUCUACCUACUACGACGGGUUUGUCUUCGUCUGGGACGCAGCCGCCGACGUGCUCGCCAAGUACCAGGCCUACACCUACUACCCUGUCAUGGGCGUCGCCCGUUUCAACCUUUACCUGCUUUCCUGGCUGCACGUGCUUUCCCGCCGGUCUUCGCAGCUCGGCAGCUCCAAGGCCUGGUGGAUUCGCCCGACCGAGAUCCUCUUCAUGGCGUGCUUCUGGUACAUUUUCGGAUACCGCCUGAUUCUGUGCACCCUGCCCACCUGGCCCAUUCGCGUCGCCUUCGUCCUGAUCUCGCACAUCAUCACCAUGCCCCUGCACGUCCAGAUCACCCUGUCCCACUGGGGCAUGUCGACUUCGGACCUUGGCGAGUCCGAGUCCUUCCCGCAGCGCCAGCUCCGCACCACCAUGGACGUCGACUGCCCCGCCUGGCUCGACUUCAUCCACGGCGGCCUCCAGUUCCAGGCCGUCCACCACCUCUUCCCGCGCCUCCCCCGUCACAACCUCCGCAAGGCUCAGGUCUUUGUUAGGGAGUUUUGCAGGGACACGGAGAUCCCUUACUCCAUCCUGGGUUUCGUCAACGGAAACAAAAAGGUCGUUGGCAGGCUCGAGGAGGUCAGCGACCAGUUGCGCACCCUGCUCAACUGCCAGAAGUAUAUGGCUGAGACGGGCGAGAGCGCCUUGCACUAG